CCAAAGACAUUGAAAGAGAGGCUUGGUGAUGAGGGAUGUGUGCUGCUGGUUGCAGGUGCUGCCCCCAGUGGGUCAUCAGGAGCAGGGCUGCCUGCCCUGCUUGCCUCCUGACUGUGAACGGCAGCCUGGUCAAGACCUGGCUGCUACUGUGGCAUCAAUGCUGGAGCCACUCGAGCUGGACUGGGCUGACUGUGACAGGCCCCGGACCGCUCCAGCACGUUACGUGCGUGUGUCGGUGAUCCGGCGUGCCAAAACGACCCAUCCCAUUGUGUCCUCACCCUGCACUCCCGACAAAGGCCAUGCCUGCAAUGCAAAGGCUUCAUCGGCAGCUGGAAGUGCCAAGAUGGCUGGAGCAUCCGCCCUGCCUCUGCCCGUGAGGCCUCUGCCACUCGCCUCUGUCCCGUCAAGUCCAUUGCCACCUAGCAUCAAGCCGUUACGUCCACUCUCACCAGCUGCACUUCUUGAGAUGCCUCGCCAUGACAUGGCUGCUGCACGGAAACCUCCUCCUCCAUCAGCUGGAAGUGCUGAGGGUAUACGCUGGGCAUUGGGCGAUGGUGGACGCCGUGCCGCAGUGCCGUCGCCGACUCGGCUGCGUGUGGCCCCACUGCUGAAGCGUGUCGUGCAGCAGGAGCUGUGGAACCUAGAACAGGAGCUGAACAACAGUCUGUCGCGCUGGGCACGUCUGGCAGCUGAUAACGAGGGGGACGAUCGGAAGUCACCACCACCAAAUAAUACCAUGCCCACAUCCAAUGGCCCUACAGGUGGAAGUCCCGAGAGGUCUUCUGGAUCUUCGACAAAUGCCUCUGGAUCUGCUGGUGUCACUGUGGCUGCAAUGCCUGCUGAAGGGAGCUCUUCGGCAGUUAGUGCAGCUGGGGCAACAAGCUCAAUGUCAGCUGAGACAUCUGCCAGCAUGACUGGGACCGCCAGUGGCAGCAAUGUGGCGCUGUCCGUGGAUGUGGGCACUAUGUCCUCUGCCGACCUGAGUUCUGGAAAUGGAAGCGAACUCCUGCCAAUCCAGCUGGAUGAUGACUCGAGCAGCACCUCAGAGUCCAAGACUGAUGACAUGCCGAUGGACCCGCUGCACCCAUCCCCUGGCAAGGCCAAGAAAAAGGGCAAGCGAUGCUCUUGGUGCAACAAGAAGACUGGACUGGCAUCCACCUAUGUUUGCAGGUGCGGAAGCACAUUCUGUGCUGCUCACCGUUAUGCUGAGGCACAUGCAUGCUCUCAUGACUACAAGGCAGAGGGGCGCUACAUUCUGCAGCGUAACAACCCUGUGGUCAAGGCAGCCAAGUUGCCCAAGAUCUAGUUCCUCUGUGACCGAUGGGCAGGAAAUGGACAUCGACGACUACGCCUGCUCUGGAGGGGCGGGCUGUGUGCAACCCCUUUUCUUCCCCAGCCAUGGAAGCUUUUUUUUUUUUCUCUCAUUGACGCAAGCAUGUAACUACUUUCGAUCCCUUAUGCAAGCCCAUGGUUUUCCUGGCUGGAAGAAUUAUUUGCUAGCAAAAGAACUGUUAGCGUACAACUUGCCACCAGACAGCUGCACACUUGCAGAUGACUUGUCGACAGAAGACCUCUCUGCCUCAGAAGAUGUAAUGAUUGGUGGACCGGUGAUGCAACCAUUAGGACUGAAGUGGGCAACCGUGACCAUGCAACUUUUCUUCUCAUUCUUCUUGUCUUUUUUGUGGCUUUGAAUUUUCAGCAAAGCAGUCCUUGCAGUGACACAAGGCACUUAGGGGCACCAUGUUGGUGCGUUUGUAUUGACUUGUUCUCUCUCCUUUUUUCUUUUUUUAUUCUUCCAACCAAUUCGGACUGGGAUCUUCUGGUUGCCAAGACAGGCUGCUUCUCCGCAUCUGGCUUGAUACCUCGCAACUUUUUUUUUUACUAGGACUAAUGUUUUUGAAAUUCUAUCUGAAUAAAUUGUAGUACGUCUGGA